AAUAUGAGACUCAAAUUAAGAAGAUGCAACUACUCUCAAAAGACAGCCGGGGAAUAAAACAUGAACAGAAAGAUGAAGACAGAAAAAAGCAGAUCAACAAAGUGGGAAGUGCUUCGGUGUGCUCCCUGUGCUUCCUGUGCUGGGUUGCAGUGCAGGCAGGAAUUAACUUGGGGCCAGAGAUGUCAAGAGGACUAUAUCAACCAGCCACAAUCUUUAUGGGCUGCCAAAUGUCAGCCAUCUCAAGCACUGUAGAUUCCAGUACAGAGCAGAAAUCUCCCCAGCCCACAAAGAACUUUUCAAUUCCCAACUCACAUGCACACCGACAGACAGCCCAGGCCAGUAAUAUGACAGACAGCUAUGUAAUACAAACUAAUAGUGACACACAGUGCUUACAUACGUCUGACAAAAUAGAUGGAAAGUUAUCUCUUCAGACUGGCGAGAAGACGCCAGUCUCAGCUAGCACAUGGUCUGAGGGGGGACAAACUCAUUGCCUGGAGAUAGGAGGCAACACACGCAACACACGUCCUGGCAAGAGGAGUUUAUCUGAAGGCAAAAAGUCUGCUGAACUCCAUUCCCCAUUACAGGAAAUAUUAAGUCCAGAGAACAGAACCACUGAUUUAAAAUGUGACAGUUCCAGAAGAUCAGAAGGAUCAGUGGAAGAAAUACUGACACAGGAACAUACUGAAGUCAAGGAAGAAAGAUCUAGACCACCAGUCUCUCCCAUAUCAGUGUCAGAAUGUUGUGCAUCUGAAAAUCAUCUUCCUUAUUGGGACCCAAAGUCACAGAAACCCUUCAGAAAAAUUCAUGGGGAGCAGGAAAAGGAAAGUUUGAGCAGCAGCAGUGACCUCACAGUUUCUGUAAGUGAAGAUGAUCUGAUUUUAAGGAGUCCGGAACCACAGCCAAAUCCGAGUGACAAGAUGGAGGGAGAAGAUGGAAUAGAGGCCUUAAAAUUAAUCCACUCUGAGCAAGAAGGAGCUACCCUACUCACUGAAAAACAUAAUUGUAUUUUGCAAACCCUAAGCUCUCCUGAUACAAAAAAGGAAUCCUCCACUAACUCACCAAUAAGAAAAUCUGAAGAAUCAUCAGCCUCAGAGUUACUCAGUGCACAAGUGGGUCAGCAUGUUGCCUCCUUGAAAGAAUAUGAUAAUCCUAUCAAAGAAGAGGUAGCUAAGCUGUCUGAAGUUUUCCCAGUUGAAAACGUGGACCAGAGGACAAGAGCAACAGCAUUAUUGAAAAAAGCCCUUACAGAAGAGUGUGACUAUAGGUCAGCUAUUCACAGUAAUGAAUCAUCUUGCAGCUUGCCAUCUAUUCUGAAUGACAAUAGUGGAAUAAAGGAAGCAAAACCCGCUCUAUGGUUCCACAGUGUUCUUACAAGGGAACAAGAAGUUUCAAGUGGCUGCGAAGAGGUGAGCCAGGAAGAAAGCACAGCAGCGAAGAUUCCAAUCACAGAAACAAAAGCCUACCAGUUGCUGAAGCAGUGUACCCUUCAGGAUAAUACAAAUCAAACUGAAGACACAUUCCAAAAGGCAGGUGCUUCUGUAUCACAGCUGCCAGGUUUGAACACUGGCAGCAGUACGUUCAAGACAAAGACAACUAACAAAAUUGCUUCAGAAGCUAGUUUUUCAUCUAGCAAAGGAAGUCCUUUGUCAAGGCAUGAAGACAAAAUGAAAUUAGCUACCAAUUUAAAGCCUACAGCCUUCUGGGGUGAGUCUGAUGACAGUAACUCAGAAAUUGAAGCUGCUUUACGUCCUAGAAACCAUAGCACAUCUACCAAUGAUUUUGAUGAUUUUUAUGACUAAUAAGUUUUAACACCUGUGAGAAAUAAAGUCUUUAAAUGAACUGAAACCCUGUAUUCAUAUGUGAUACCCAAAAUAAAUAUGUCCCUUUAAAUUUUCUAAUUGUUUAAUGGGAAAACUUGGGACCACAAUAUUGCUAUUCAAGUGAAAUUUCAAAACAAAGUACCAUCUAGCAUAUUCAUUGUCUAAGUGUAAUUAAAAAGCAAAGUGA